CUUUUUAUUUGAAUGAAAAGAGUGCGAAGCAAGAAAAUAGAAAAUGACAAAAAGCUGAGUGUACUAUACGAAAGAGAGAUUGACAUGGAUUGUGUGCAGGAGUACACCGGGCCGGCACUCGCGACGGGCGUGGAAAAGGAAGAGGAGGAAGAGCACCACUUAAAGGAAAUCAUCUCACGGCGGGCUACAGACAUACCCACUCCGAGAAUAGAAAAGUCCACAAAGCACGGAAUAAAAAAAAGAAAGACGGACAAUUCGCAAAGUGGUGUAUAUGAAGAACCCAGCAAUUAUUUAGCAGAUAUUGGGGAUGUGCAGCAGCCGCAGGUAGAGGAUAUAAUUACGCAGGAGGCUGACAUGCCUGCAGACACUCUUCCAUUCGUGUGCUUUAGAAAGAGAGAGCUAAAAACCCAGAGAAAGGCAAGGAAGUCUGACAGCUCAAUAGAGAAGAUAAAGAAGAUAAAGGUGGAUCUGCAGAUGAUGAGAAGACUGACUGAGCUUGCUCUGCAGAGGGACAACUAUCUCUCGCAGCAUCUUACGACAAUCUUCUCUAUAUUUAGCAUAUGCCGAGAAAUGAACAAACGGCUUGACAUAGGGGUUCUGAAUAUAAGCGAAACAAUACUCAGAGACAUUUUAUUUACAAAGAUAGUUAGUAAAAGCGAUCUUUUCUAUAAGAAGAUUCCCUCAUUCACGAACUUAUAUUUAUGCAGAAAGAGCAUUGGCAGUCUUAGAAAACUAUUAAAAGCAGGGCCUCCGCCUGAGAACAGAUUAGAACUAACCAAAAAGGAAAUAGAUUACCUGAAUACGUAUUAUUAAUGUACAAAAUAGAUCAAUGUAAAAACAGAGUUUACACAUAAGAUAUAUAUACUAUUCUUCGGGUUAUUCCAUAUGGCCUCUGCACAAGAAAGCGCCCCGAUGGUUAAAAGCAGCAAGCAUUCCAGAGUAAGUAUGGAAAAUAAAGAAUUUAGAAUAAAACCGGU